UUUAUUUUUAGCACGUAUACAGUCUUUAUUGUAGGACGUAUGAUAUUUGUAUCGGGGUAUCGUAGGACGUAUGAUACGUGUAUCGGUGUAGCGUAGGCUUAUGGUAUGUAUAUGUAGACAUGUCCUAAGUAUAUCGUACUAGUGAAUGUAGUGUAUCGUAUACUGACAUUGUAUAAUAGGCUAGUCCAUCUUGUAUUAGGUAGGCUUACUGCGAGACACAAAUCCGGUCUUGAUUCUUUCAGCCUUCAUGGACCACCAACGAUCCUUUAGUUGAAAUGUGCAGCCCAUUCAGUUAAAUAGGGAAUUCUCUCUCAGUUAAAUAGGUGAUUCACCUUCAGUAGCUUGGUGAAUCACCCUCAGCAAUUGGUGAAUCUCCAAUGAAAUUAUGUGAUUCACCAAAUGCGAUACUGAAUGGAUGCAAAUUACAGACUAUAUAAAUGGGCGAAUGCUAAUGGAAAUGCAGAUUCAAAUCACUAAACAACAAUGUCUACUACUUACUUUAUCACUGGUGCUAACAGAGGCAUUGGAUUCGCAAUUGUGAAUUCAUUAGCUGAGAAUCUCAAUAACAAAGUUAUUGCAACUGUUCGUGAUAAGUCAAAAGCAGUUGAUUUGCUCAAACUUGCAGAGCAAAAUUCCAAUAUUCAUAUCAUUGAAGUUGAUGUUGGCGACUCGAAGUCAAUUGAUACUUUGGAUGAUCAAAUUCAACCAAUCACUAGUCAAAUUGAUAUUUUCAUUUCCAACGCUGCUAUGGGGACCAUUAUUUCUAAAGUUUUAGAAAUCCCUGAACACGAAUGGCUAAAUCACUAUAAAGUCAACACUCUUGGUCCAAUUUUGGUUUUAAAGAAACUAUAUAAAUACUUGAUCAAAAGUGAUAUUAAAAAAAUUGCCAUUAUCUCUUCAUUAGCCGGUUCUUUCCAAGCUCCAAUUAACACAAAUUUUAAUCCUUAUGGUCAAACCAAAUGUGCUCUCAAUUUUGCUGCUUAUAAUUUAGCUUCUGAGUUAAAGCCCGAAGGUUUUAUUGUUUUGGCGAUUCACCCUGGAACCGUUCUGACCGAAACUGCUCUUAAAACUUUUGACAUAUUCGAUGCCAGAAAUCCCCAAAUUGGGGGAGCAUUGAGAUCAAUGGCAAUCACUCCAGAAGAAAGUGCUACCAGCGUAUUAAAAAUCAUUAACAAAGCCACCGAUGAAAUCAAUGGUAAAUUCAUCAAUUUCGAUGGUACCAAUCUAGCUUAUUGAAGUAUAUACAUGUGACUUUCUCUAUUGUCUAAACAAUACAUACUCCUUCUAUUUUA